GAGCCGGAGCCGCUCAUUGCCGCCGCCGCGGACCCGCCCGUCCCUCCGCUCCAUCCCCGCUCUGCGGGCGCUCCGCUCCGACCUCGCCUCCCCGUACCCGGCAGCAUGGCCAGCACCGUCUCAGCCUACAAGGAGAAAAUGAAGGAGCUAUCUCUGCUCUCCCUCAUCUGCUCCUGUUUCCACACCCAGCCACAUCCCAACACCAUCUACCAGUAUGGAGAUAUGGAGGUGAAGCAGCUGGAUAAGAGGGCAUCGGGCCAGAGCUUCGAGGUGAUCCUGAAGUCUCCUUCAGAUUUGUCUCCUGAGAGCCCCAUCCUUUCCUCUCCCCCCAAGAAGAAGGACCUGUCCCUGGAGGAGCUGCAGAGGAGGCUGGAGGCUGCAGAGGAGAGAAGGAAGACCCAGGAGGCACAAGUGCUGAAGCAGCUGGCAGAGAAACGGGAGCACGAGCGGGAGGUGCUGCACAAGGCACUGGAGGAGAACAACAAUUUCAGCCGCCUGGCUGAGGAGAAGCUCAACUACAAGAUGGAGCUGAGCCGGGAGAUCCGCGAGGCGCACCUGGCUGCCCUGAGGGAGCGGCUGCGUGAGAAGGAGCUGCACGCAGCUGAAGUCCGCAGGAACAAGGAACAGCGGGAGGAGAUCUCUGGAUAAAGGGCUUUUCUACACAUCUAGCACCUGAUUCCUGUCAACAAUCCGACCGACCGACACGUUUUACUUUGUUUGUCUAGAUGCAGCGUUUGGUUCUCCAUCCCUCCCCCCCCCCCCAUCCCCUGGUGUUUGUCCCCCAGCAACACGCUUCUCUGUCUGCAUCCUUAAUCGUUCGGUGCUUGUGGGGAGUCACAGGUCGUAGAGACCUCUCAGCAGAAUAGCAGCUAGUUCACCUGAAAUAGAGAUCAGCCAAUCAAACAGCUUCUUUGGAGGGUUUGUCCUUUUUUCUUUUUUUAAAAAAAAAUAUUUCUUAAAUUCAUGUAAAAAUUGAGAUAUUAAUAAAUUCAACCAGCAGUGUCACAGAGAUACAGAACUCUUACCCGGGGGCUUUUACCACUCUUGGUGUUUGCUCUGAGCUAAGUAUCAGGAUAACAAGGAGUGAUCACUUCUGUACGUAAGCAGAGCAAUGAGCAGAAUGUGAGUGAGUGGCAGGCUGGCUGCACGGUGCUGCCACGUGGCUCCCAGCCAUUCCUGCAGCCAGGGUAGGCAGCAACCCAACGUCCUUAUCUUGAGUGGAUCUUUGGCAGCCGCUGUGAAAACAGGGGAGGGUCUCAGCACAGAGCUUGGUGCCAUGUCAUAUAAUGUCCCCAAUCCCAUCCUUGUCCCCAUCCCUCUCCCUGUCUUCAUCCAUGUCUCCUUCCCCAUCUCCAUCCCCAUCCCUGUCUCUGGUGGCUGCAGGCUGAGCCUCCUGCCCCCCUGGGUUCUGUCAACUCAGCUCUGCAGAACCACAGGAGGGCCCUCAGUCUGCAGGCUGCCAGCCCUCCAUGGUCACCUCGGAAAGCAGGGACAGGACAUGGUGGUGAGGCUGCCUGCUGGCAGGGAGGACGUCGCUCUUCCCAAGGAUGGAUGUGGCUCAGUGGAUGCUGAGGACAGGGAGAUCCUGAGCAGCACUUUGGGAUAAGGACUUACCAGCAGCACUGGAUGAGGUGGAGCUGAGCAGGAGCAGUUCUGCAGGAAGGGUGAGGAGGUGUUCCCAUGCUCGUUUCUUGGCUAUCUUUAGCUUUGCAAAGCCUAUUUUUAAGCGAAUGUUGUCUCUUGGUAGAGGUAGGGAUGAGUGAAGGAUAUGCAAGUGUGACAGUGGUAGGUGACAGCAGUGUGAUGCAGACAGGUGGCUGCCAGCCUGGGGCUUCCUCUGCUGCUACUGCCAUGGUCUGGGAGGCAGCUGAAGUCCCAGCACUGCAGGGCUGUGCCCUGGGGACCUUGCACCCGCUCUGCCACUGCCUUGAAAAGCUGAGAGGAAACACUGCAUCCAAAACAUUGCAUGGAAUUGGGUCCAACUGUGCAUGGGAUGCAGUGCUGAGCAGCCAGCCCAGUCUGUGGUGGGAUUUGGGGCAGGAGGUGAUGAGGGUUACCCUGUGCAGUGCUUUGGUGCUGUGCUUCUCGGGGAGGGCAGCAUGCAGGGGGGGGCUGCUGGGGUCCCUUGUGCUGUGUGUGGAGCAGAGGGGGUUACCCCAUUCCUGGAGGUGGGAUGGGGCCCUGAGCAGCUUGAUCUGGUGGAGGUAACCAGCUCACAGCAGGGGGGUGAUCUUUAAGGUCCCCUCCAACCCAAGCCAUUCUAUGAUUCCACGAUUUGCACCACAGGCUGCGUGCUUCCCUUUCCAUCCCUCCCAAAAAGCAUUGCUGGCUCAGUUAGGACCUGAUGUUUUCUGUCUCAGGUAUGCUUUAAUUACACACACCAAACAAAUGGUUACGACCAAAAAAAAAAAAAGAAAAAGAAAAGAAAACCCACCCAAAAAGCCAAAGGGCAGCACUGCUGGAGGUCUGACCCUGAGCUCUUUGCUGAUCUCCCCACAAGUCCCCAAAGAUCCAGGAGCAACCCCUCCACGGCCAUAGAGCAUUUCUGGGGCAACUCUGCUCCUGCAGGAAGGGCCAACCCUGGUGCUGGGGUACUGCAGAGCACUGGGGGCAGAGAAGGAACUGGAGAGGAACCGAGGGUUGACUUUCUUAGCAGUAGCCAAUGAUCCGUUUAUAGUAGCAGCUGUCUUAGAUACGCAUCGUUGUAGAGCCAGCAUCACUUCAUCCAUAUAGUGACAAGAAAUUAAAAAGAGGAAAAAGAAAAUGUUUUAAAAAAAAAAAAAACAAACAAACCUAAUUUUAAAAGUAAUUUAAGCAAAAUGUUUGUGUGUAAGAAAGGGUUGAAACUGUCACAUGUCUGUGUCCCACGCUGGUGGGAUCUGAGAAGGUAUCCGCGAGAUGUUGACCCCGUCCUGCUCUCUGUGGUGCUGAGUGUUUGCUUGGUGUGUACUUCUGACCUGGAGCUUGUUGUAAAUACUGUUUUUAGUACUAUGAUUAUUACUAUGAUGAUGAUUAUUCUCUGAAAUGUUGUACUGAUGAGCAGGAGUCCUAAAGGAGAGAGAUGAGCACCUUCCCUCCGGAGCGGGGCUGCGGCGCUCACCCAGGGAUGGCACACAGAUGUUUGUGCUCCUGUCUGUGAUGGUGUGAGGGCUGUGCCCUGAGCCGGGGGGUGAGACUGAGGUGCUGUGGGCUCAGCGGGCUGAAGCUGUGCAAGGAAGGGGCUCAGACAGGGGUGAGCCUGGGGAGCAUGCUGGUCCCACCCUGUUGGUGCCACGAGGGUGGGGGGAUGUGGCUGCAGGAUGCGCUGCUGCAGGCUGAGUCGUGCGUUGGUGACUGGCACACACGUGUGGCCAGGUGCUGCCCUGCCACGGGUGGGUGCUCCCAAGUCGGAUGCCCCUCACGCCACUGCUACACUGAGCCUUUCUUUGUCUCAUCAGCCCUGAGCCGUACAACUGCCAUGCUGUAACCCAGACGUGGGGUUACCUUUGAGUCAGCCUUCUGUGGACGAUUCACGACCAUGUGAACCCUGCACCGCGGCCAGCUGCUAUUGCUGCCCUGUUCUGUGGGGGUGAGCAUCCCUGGUGUGGGUUCUGCCCUGCUGCAGCACUCUGUAUGCAAAAUUGCACCCAUGGGAACAGGGUUUGCGUUCACACUGUUGUGCAGCUGGGAAUGAGGCAGGAAAUGGCUGCUCGUGGUGCUGGAGGUUUCUCAUAGCCCAAAGCGGGGCCUGGGGGUCCCACGUUCCAUUCUCAGCCAGAGGUGGUUGUUGUGCAAGAGAAGUGAUGACGAAAAGAAAGGAAAAAUAAAGGAAAAGGGUCUGAUCCCCUGUGUGCCCAUCUCUCUCUGUGAGUUGGUUGUUUGAGUUCUAAGGCUCCUGUGUGUAUUGUGGGAAUACCAAUAAAAGGCGUUAAACAGAAAAUGAACCUAAAGAUUUUACAAAACAGAAUCCAAGCCUCUGUAUGUUAAAUGAGUACUUUGCACCCAUACAAAAGAUGCAGAAAUCGAGCCCAUCCUUUAUCACCGUUCUCAGAGGAAAAGAAAGUAAUACAAUGCUCAAAUGCAGGUACCACCCCGAGCCCUUCGCUUAGAGGUGAGGGCGUGCAGCGGCGUAACAGAGGACAAACAAAACGUUAUGAGAUGAUUGCAAAUACAAUAAAUCCAGUUCUGGAAAA